AAAGAGACGUUAACGCGUUUGUAAAAAACUGCAAAAUUAUGAUUUAAUCUGUAAAUAAUCAAUUUUUCGUUUUCUACAGUUUUGAUGGCUGUCUUUUCAAACUGUAAAUAUUGAAUCACAUCCUUUGAUGCCUGUAUUGGGUUGAUCCCAUAGAACUAUUAGAGAGUCAAAACCUAUCUAGUUAGUAUAGGUAUGCUACAUCCGUAUCGUGUAUCAGGACGCUUCAUAGCGUCGGUAAUAAACUUGCAAAGUAAAUUCCUAUUCUCAACUUCAAUUACUUGCAAAGCCAUACCCAAAAAGCAUAAAUUACCACCUAGACCAAAAUGGUUAAUUAAAGAAGAAGAACUAGAAGAGAAAUUCAUUAAAGGGGGUAGUGGACCAGGUGGUCAAAAGAUUAACAAAUCAAACAGUAAAGUUCAGUUGACUCAUAUUCCUUCUGGGUUAGUGGUUGAAUGUCAAUACUCAAGAUCACAAGAACUGAAUAGAAAACGAGCCAGAGAGAUCAUGUCAUUAAAACUAGAUGAAAUGCUUAAUGGUGAUAAAAGUCGAACAGCAGUUGUAAAUGAAAGAAAGACUAAAUUGAAACAAAGUAAAUCUAAGAGGGCCAAUAGGAAAUAUAAGGUAUUGGAUGAAGAAAGGAAAGAGCAAAAGGAGAAUGAAAAUGAAGAUGAAGAUGAUGAUGAAUUAGAUCCGGAAGACGAAUUUGAAUUGUUUUUGAAAGAGGUCAAAAAGGAAUGAGUUAAUCACAGUUCCCAUUCUUGUAUAUAGCAGGACUAUUUAGAUAGAAUUGUAUCAUAAUUGUAUCA